UGAACUGAAUAUACCCCACACAUAUAAAAAACACUUUGGUAGAACAGAGAAACAGACCACUAAACAGACUGAAAAUCACAUGAUGACAGAAUAAUUCUAAUAUCUGCUCUGAUUGCUUGGAUAGCCUUCCUUCAAAAUCUUUGCCCAAGUCACAUCCUGUACCUUUAAGAAAUGACACACUGAUAACACCUAACCUCUCAAUCCUGUUGGGCUAAAUCCCAACUCUAACCGUGUCUAUACAGCGACAAGUUCUGCCCAGUGUGAAACUCAAAAGAUAACAUUGUUCUGGUCCCCUUUAUAAAGGAAGCUGCCUGGUUUCUCCUAGCCCAGAACUGAGAACAUUCCAGAGCUUCCUCCAAGAUGCUGCUGAUCCUGCUCUCAGUGACCUUGCUGGCCCUGAGCUCAGCUCAAAGCCUGUUUGAUGAUGCAGAGAAUCCAGACCAGGGCUCCCCUGAGCACUUUCAGAGAUCUACUGAGGGACCUGAAACACCACCGCCUGGAGCCCCUCCUAAUGGUGAAAACCUAGAAGGUGAAUCUCAGCUAGGUCCAGCCCCACAAGAUGGUGAACCUCAGCAAGGACCACCCCCACAAGGUGAUGGACCUCAGCAGAGACCACGUCCACAAGGUGAUGGAUCUCAGCAAAGACCACCUCCACGAGAUGGUGAACCUCUGCAGAGACCACCCCCACCAAAGCAACGUUGUCAUCACCAUCCUCCCCCACUUUCUCCUGAAAGACAUCGCAGACCACCACCCCUAAGACGUGGACCACAAAGAUCUCCCCAAGGCCCACCAACCCAGUAAUCUGGAAUUCAAUGACAGGUAUGACUCAAGCUCACUUUCCAUAAAGGUCCUAACCACUACAAGUUCCACACUUUAUUAUGUCAUUGAAUCAACUGAAAAUAUGUGGAAAUUGCCUACUCCUGGAUUCCAGUCCAAAUAUUUCUGUUCAGAUAUUCUGGAAUAAAGUAGCAAGACUUUGUAUUUAUUACAUGCUAUCCAAGGUGAUUCUGAUUUUAAGAAAGAUGGACCAUAGAUUGCCUUUUCCCUGAUGACUACCUGUCGUAAAGUGGGUUGGUGAUGAGAAAGUAGAGCCGUGUUCUCCCUUGUCCUCUCCUCUCCUCCUCCUCAGGCUCAAUGACUUCCCUUCUCAAGUUUCCACCUGCCAGGCCUCCCAGGUCCCAUGUGCCUGAUAAAUGAUACUUUAAUUUUUAUGCCUGUAAUGUUACCCAGUUUUUAAAAUAUUGACUUUUGAUUUAAUAUAUGCUCAAAGUAAGAAAAAAAGAAAACAAGACAAAAGUAUGAAGUUAAUUCUUAACAGCAUAUUACAUCCUGCCUUCCCAUUUCCUUCCCCAAAGGCCACCACAAUUAGCUCCUUUGAA